AUGCUCAAGAAGAAGACCCACAAUGACCAUAUCCCCGAAGAUGCGGAGCUUGUGCUGGAAUUGGAGGAAUGCGAGUCACGCGCGGAAUCGACAGCGAGCAACAAUACCCCGGGAGGGGAAGUCGCCCGCACAUAUCAAUUCAAAACAAGGUACUAUUUCGUUAGCCACAGUACUCGCCGUCUCUUCUGGGUUGAAAAUUUCGACAUAACGCCGCUCUUCGAGGACCUGAAGGGCGUCAGGACCAAGAGUCAUAUGGGCCUUGCUGUAGAGCAACAGUACUGGCAGCAUUGCGAGUUCUUCCCUUAUAACAGGCCAGUUGGUGAGAACAUAGUCGACGAACUGAAAGAAAUUGUCUUCCACUACACGUCCGAGAUGAUAACAUCGGACACGUCGUUGACCCCGUUCGAUGAAGACGAGCUAUCUAAAGUCCGAGAUAUCAUUGAGCACGUUCAAGGUCAGCCCUUGCCCCUCCUGCCUUUUGUAUAUGCAGUACCCAUGUACGAUGUAGAAGUCAAAGGAAAAACAUUUGAUCACUCGGUCUGUAUCAUAGCCAGGCUCAUGCGCAUCUUGACACGAAAUCGCUUCUUCCACUUUCACGGCCAAACUGUCGCACGUCUAAACUCUGAUCAGCCUCUGUUCCCGACCGAGGACGGAAAGGCGGAGAUCUCAGUAUUCAUGCGCGUUAUAAUGUUCAUGCUGUUCAACGCACCCCACUCGCACCUCGCGCGGCUGCGCGCCGUCUGGAUCGACAGGGUCGUGAAUCAAGUUCCAUGGAAGAAAUUCAUCAAUGGGCUGAAUACCGAAUGGAAAGGCUACACCCUCUACUCUACAGUUCUCCUCGCAGUAAACCUGUCGUUGCUGGCUUUGUAUAACGUCAUGCCACAGGGUACCACUGACAGUGGAAUGCAUCCGCAGACUGUGGCCGAGAUCAUGAGUUAUGUGUCGACGACAUGGUCGGUUGGAUCGGUUGUGACCUCAUUGGUCCUCGUGCGGCAGAACGAAACAAAUUCGCGCCAGUCUAUUGACGAGGCUGUGGAUUUCCUGACCUCCGUAUCGAGUAACAAGCACGGCAUUGAGAUGCUAGCAAUCAUUCAUAGUCUACCCUUUGCGUUCCUCCUGUGGGGGGUACUCUUCUUCUCCAUGGCAUUCCUUGCACUGUCUUUCCAGGACACGCUCAUAGCCACGCGGGUUGCCGUGAUGCUGGCGAGCGCGAUCACAGUGUCGCUGGUGCUCUGGCCGGUUGUCGUGGCGAGGGACUUCCUUACUGCGGGAUUUUGGAUAGACAAAAUGAAGUCCUUGGAGCGCGCCUGGAAGAAAAUAGGGAACCCAUGGAAGCCAACGUCAGCAGCGUCUGCAUAUUCAGCCAAUGCCGCACCAAGCGCGGGCGCAGGAACGGCACCUAUACCUGGCUCCCCGACUCCGGCUGCUCCUGAUACAGCACCGCUCGCUGCAGUGGGGAUGCCGGCGGCUCCGCCAGCAAAACAGUCGCCAAUAUUUACGAGAGGGUUCAAGAAUCUCUGGAACGAGCUGGCGAUGUGGCUGGCGAGGCGCAACAAGAAGAUGGAUCAGAGGCACAUGCCCACAGUGCAGGCGCAUAACCAGCCCCGGUCGCAGUCACAGACGACACAAAGGGGUGUAGCAAUAGCUCAUGACGAUAGAAGCCAUGCGCAGGCAGGUGGAUCGCGUGUGGGUGGUUCUGAUGUUAGGCACAUCGUUCGAGUUCGACGGAUUGGUUGUACCGUUAAAUACGCUUUCCUUGAUGUGAACUUCACUUCGAGUUUAUGA